AUGCCCAACAGCGACAAGACCGAGAAGGCGGAUUCCCCCGAGCCCAAGCCCGUCAAGUACGACCCCGCAACCGACCCGGCAAGAACGCUCUACGAGCGACGCGUGUACCCAUCCCUCGCCGAGAUCGAUCUCUCCUUCCUCCAAAACCAGCCUCCAUUUAGCCUGGCCUUGCUGCGCGAGAAUGCGCGCAAGCAGGAGGAGGAGGAAGCCAAGGCUCACCGAUGGAUCGAGAACGGCAUCGCCUACGUCAACCGCGAGAAGGACCGGAUUGCCGGCAACGAGGUGCGGAUCAAGGCGCAUCUCCAGAGGCGUGUGCGGGAGUAUGCCGAGGCGCUGCUGGCCGUGCUGGCCGAGGAGUCACCCAGGCCCGAGCCAGGCAAGCCCGGCAAAGCCAGGCUGAGCGACCACCAGGCCAUUUGGUGGUCCGACGGCCUGCUCCAGAUCUCCGCAGCCCUCUUCCGCGAGCGCGAACUGUGA